AUGCCUACAGUAACCGAUGUUGUUUUUUGUAUUGAUUAUACAUCAUCAAUAAUGUCCUAUUUUAAUCAAAUUCGUACAAUGAUUUUAGCUAUUUGUACAAUGGCAUUAACAAAUCAAAAUGGUGUUCGUAUAAGUAUUAUUAAAUUUCAAUCGCAUGGUGAUGAUUGGGCAACGCGAGUAUAUGGAUUUACUCAGGAUCUAAAUGCAAUUAAUCAAAUGCUCACUAAUGAAAAUCCAGAUGGUGUAAGCCCAGAUGGGUAUGAAGCUGUAGAAUUCAAUACUAUAUUUGAUAUUUCAGGUGAUGCAUUACGUGAAGCUCUCAACGUCCAAUGGCGUCUUAAUAAUAAUAAUGAUCUGAUAUUCAACGAAAAACUUGUUAUUUUAAUUACUGAUGGUGCUCCGAAUGGUCUUUUUACGCCAUUAAAUGGUGCAGAUCCUUGGAUAAUAUCAAAUGAAUUCCACAGAGAAAAUAUAACAUUAGUCGUUGUUGGUGUUGCAGAAAGUAUUAAUGAAUGUGAUGAUUUUUACUGUGCAUUAGCUCAAAAUACAGGUGGUGAAUACAUUCCAUUAGUCAAUGCUGAAGAUAUUCUUCAAAAUGUUAUUCAAGGGGUAAUUAAUGAAGAAACAACAUUUCAUCAAUGUUUUCGUCAUGUUAUGAUGGAAGAAAUUGAAGAGAAUUCUUCAUUCAAAUAUUCAUAUAUGAAAGAUCGAGUUAUUGGUAUGAUCAACGAAUGUCGAACAAUGGAUGAUAUUCGAAAAUUAUUUUUCAAUCAUCGUUUAUCUACUUAUUAA